AUGCACUUCCGUUUUCAAGAGUCUCCAGACGUUCCGGCAAGUAGGACUACCUUUUGCUGGCAAAGUCCUCACUUCGUCCUACCUCCCGUUUUGCCGUGUCACCCAGAAUCAUCAUCCCUUUGGGCCGAUUCUUUUUCCCUUUUGCACCUUGGCCCUGAGAGCCAGUUCUGCCCGGAACACGACAUUCCUCUUCUAUUUCGCGUGGAGUUGGGAUUCUUUUCCGGUUCUGCCUUUACGACUGUUGCCCAAGUCCAGGAUUGGCCGAAUGCACAGCAACACCCAUCGGCCAUUUGCUCACUCCUGCCUACACGAGAAUAUUGCAGUGAAUUGGGAGUUAACUUGGCCUCUGACGCGAUCGUGUGUGCGAGUGUCAUGCUCUUCUGUCGCCUCGGACCCACGAUCCAGUCGUCGGGCAGAAGGAGAGAACGCUCGGGACGCAUGUGUUUGACGGAGGCCUAA